CACACCAUUUGACCCUUCUGCUGUCUAGCGCUGAAAGACAGCGCGGAUGAGACUUCUGUUAACUGCCUGCCGGAGCUCAAAUCCCGGGUCACCAGGCCUGAGUGCUAGGCCUGAGACCGGCUCUGACACAGCUGAAAACAACUGCUCCGCCUGCCCGAGGUGAGGCCCAGCCGCUAACUGCUGGAGCCCCCCAGAGCUGGGCUGAGCCGGGGGAGCUCAGGAUGUGGCAUCGCUGAGGUGGCAAUAGAAACAGGUGGCGGCAGAGCCGACGAAGGCCCGUGGCCAACGGGGCGGAGACACAGCCACACAGCGGUGCACAGAGUGAACGGUGGCACCUGGGAGCCACUUGCAGUCAUGGCCGCAAUAGCAGCUGAGGCGUCCCUCAUUGUAACCGGGGUGGGACGUGAACUCCUGCCCCGUGAAUGCAGCUCUGAACGCCGGGUCUUUGCUGGCCAAGGACUGCAACCGUGAGAGGGGCGGGGGAGGGGGGGGGAGAAUGAGCCUUUGUUUGUUGGACUUUCCCAACGCAAGGUGAGGAGCUGAGGCAAAGGACACUGCCCAACGUACUCUGGGGGUGGGCGUUUGGCUCGUGGUCAUAUGCUGAUGACUAGUGGUGAUGGUGUUUUACCACGAUAGUGCCGGGCUCCUUUCCUCUUUCUAUUAAAGGUUUUCUUUGCUAUACACAACUCAGUGAGGGGGAAGCAUUGGCUCUCAGAGGCGCCGGGGGUGGUGGUUAAUUUUCCCAAAUUACGGGUGGGGACUCAAGCGGGUUCUGUGCUGAAUUGUUAUGAGGAACCCCUCGAUGCUGAACCCGGCCCUGGUUGCUGCCGACUCCCCCCGGCAGAAGGGUGGCAUUUGUACGGCAGGGGCAUGCAAUGAAAGGCCGUCAGAGUCUCCACAGCAGGGCGAGGCCAGGACAGUCUGGCAGUUACCACCCCACACAGGAGUCAGGACACCUGGGUUCUGUCUACAGCUCUGCUGCAGUUUCACUGUGUUACCUCGGGCAGGUCACAUCACCUCCCCAUUUGCUUCUCUCUGGAACAGGGGUUAAUGGUAUUUCCUUGUUUGGCUGGUGUGUUAACUGUCAGGGCAAACCUGAAACCACAGAAGGAAAUGGAGAGAAACCACGGUCUGCAUAGCCCUGGUGCAAACACGUGGCCUUGCAGCGAUAAACCGGCCUGGGCCGUGGCACUGCCACUCGUACCAGCCCAGGGACUGGACACGCUGGUGUGUCAAGGACCGUCACUCGUGGGCUGCCUCGGGGCUCAAAUGUUGACCCUAAAAGGCACAAAACAACAAAGCUCCCGGCUGCAAACGCCGACAAGCCCCGGCAUCGGGACUGCAGAGCACCCAUGGCACAUCCGCCCCCGGACCGCCCCUCGCUGCGCGUCCAGGGGGCCGGGCGGCUGCUCCCCCGUAGCGCCUGCUGUCUCGCAGCGCAGGGCCCCGCUGCCCCUGCUCCAGGGCGGGUACCGUGAUGGCGCCUGGCUUCCUUCGGCAGGAUGUUGGGGGUCUGUCUGGGGCUACGACUGCCCUGGCCUCCUUCCCGCCGUCACGCAGUUCGGGGGGGUCACCCUGUGGGACUGCGCCCCCUGCUGGGGGCAGCAAUUGUGUGCUCAUUCUGCGCUGGGGGAAAUAGGACUCUGUGGGCGACAGGCUCAACCCCCAGACCUGCCCUCACCCCAUCAAAGGGGUUUAGAGAUGAGCCUGGCUGCUGAGGAUGAAUAUGGGGAGAGGGAGGGGUCGGCAGGUAGAGGGAGCGGCCACUGGGAGGGAGGGCAGAUGGCGGGGGGCUCUGCCCUCCCUUCCACUCUGACUCUUCACCCUGAUCUCCCCCAUCACUUGGGGCAGCCAGGCCCAGCCCCACAGGGCAGGCCUGUCACUGCAGCAUGAGUGGGGGCGGACUCCCUCUCCAGGCCCCCAAACCUCCCCUCCACGAUAGGCCAGGUUUGGCUGCAGUGCCAGGGCAGAGGGUGCAGCUGUGGGCUGCCCCUGGGCAGGGUGAGGAGCAGGACGCUGGCCACCAAGGCGAGCCCUGCAUGCUGGCCUAAUGUGCCUAGGCGCGGAUCCGGCCCUAGUUCUGACCUUGCCGCCGGGGCUCCCCCUCCCGCACGGCCUCCGCUCCCCGACUCCCUCUGCCCUGAUUGGCUCGGGGCUGUUAGCUGCGGGCACAGAGCCGAGCAGAGACACACAAAGAGAGAAGUUGGUGACGAGGCUUGUGGCCUGGGGAGGAACCGACAGCCUGUGGGCGACCCUGGGCCCCUCGUCCCACCGCACUGACACCGGCCAGAGCCCGGAUCCCCUUCCCCUGCCAGGAUGCUGCUCCCUCUGCUGCUCCUCCCCUGGGCAUGGGGGGCCCUGGCCGCCUCCCCUCCUGUCCCCCCAGGGUCUCUCACCCUCCGGCUGCUCAAAACCUCCGUCUUCCACAACGCCAGUUCUAGCAACGUGGAGGGGAUGGCCCUGCUCGGAGACCUGGAGACCCACUCUCUGGAUUGCAGCACCUGCAGGAUCCGCUUCCUGCAGCCCUGGGCCCACCAGGGCCUGACCCCGAGGCAGUGGCAGGACCUGGAGACAAUGCUCCAUCGCUACCUGUCCAACUUCAUCCUUCUUAUUAACAAAGGGGUUAAGGAUGAAGGAGAGCACUACCCCUUUGUUAUUCAGGUCUCUGCCGGUUGCGAGCUCCACCUCAACGGCACCUCACGGCAAUUCUGUGACUCUGCGGUGAACGGCGAGGAUUUCAUCAGCUUCAACAUGGACUCGGGCACCUGGGUCACUCAGCGCAAGGAUAAGUUGGUCCUCAAGCCACUGGACUUUCUUAACCAGGAUAAGAGCACGUCUGCCACGGCUCAGUUCCUCCUGAGAACAACGUGUGUCAGUGAACUCCAGAGCUUUGUCCAGUACGGGAAAGAGUCUCUGGCGAGACAAGAGCGGCCGGUCGCCGUGGUGUUUGCCCGAGCGCCUCCCCCAGCCGGGACCCCCGCGCCAUUACUGCUGGUUUGCCGGGUCACCGGUUUCUACCCCCGGCCCAUCCGCGUGGCCUGGCUGCAGGACGGGGAGGAGGUGGGGCCGGGCUGGCGCCUGAACUCCAGCGGGAUCCUGCCCAACGCGGACCUGACCUAUCAGCUGCGCAGCUCCCUGGCCGUGGGGCCGGGCGACGGGCACAGCUACGCCUGCCGGGUGGAGCACAGCAGCCUGGGGGGCCAGAGCCUGGUGAUCCCCUGGGGGCACAGCAGGCCCUGGGGCCCCGGCCUGGCCGUGGGCAUCACGCUGGGGGCUCUGGCCGUAGCCACCGUGGCCGUGGUGCUGUGGUGGAGAAUACGCAGGGGCCACCGGGACGUCAGACCAGGGGAGUCCAGAGCCUGAGCGGGCGGCACCGGCCCAAGUGUGGGGAUCGGCCCAUCUCUGGGGGCCACGGACCUUGGGGCUGAAUCCGCACCUGGCUCCAGAGCUGAGGGCCCUGAGGCCCCUUCUGGAUCGGGGCACUGGGAGUUCAGGGCCCUGAUUCGGGGAUGGGAUUCUCCUCCCUCUGGGACGUUUAGGACACGUUGGACGCUUGGGAUACAGGAUCCACAUGGAGCCAGCACUAGCCUGUGCCAUUCAGGAAACCCUUCAGGGAGGUGCUGCUCAGCAGGCCCCUCCAGGGGCUACAGGAGCCAGGGCCUGGAUGCAGGGUUCAGGCCCAGCUACAUACACAAAAGGAGAGGGUAAGGUGGGGGCCAUGGGAACCAGGAGGGGAUCCUGGCAGGGCAUUUGGGCUGAGCUGGGGUGCUCGGGAAGCAAGCGGAUUGGCCGUGGGACAUAGGCCCAGCUGCCCUCUGACAACAGAAUGGCCCAUGGGAUGCCAGAGAAGCCGCUCCAAGCCACUGGCUGGGUUGAGGGCUCCUGGGGGCAAGGCCCCUCCAGAGCUGGGUGUGGGGCACCACGGGCUCUGGGGAUAGAUUCUGUUGGUUUGUUCUGUGUCUGCGCGGCACCUAGCACAAGGGGUCCAGUGCAACCCUUCUGCCCAUCAGAGCUGGCAGCCACAAGGCCCGUGUUCAUUAUCUCGGGGUUCCCUUUCAAUACAAAACCGGCUCAAGCCCCCACCCAGUGACCUGCAACAAUUACACACGCACCCCUGGGUGCCUCGAAGAGGCAAUAAUUCCCAUCUCGCAAGCACAGAGUCUGAGUGUAGCAAAAAAAACUUUUAAUAAAAAGAGGGAAAUAAUGGGACAUUAAUUUGGGGAAACACCACAAACAGGGUUUAUAAACAUAUACCAUGAGCAAAAGACCCACCACCAAGUUGGGCAGUGUCCUCUUCCCCUUGGGUUCUUAAGUCCAGCAACCCAAAAGUCCCAUUAAUGUGCCCAUCCCUUCUCUGCACCCCACUCACAGUUGCUGUCCUUUCUCAGUGCAUCUGCAGAGCUCACCUCCCACCUUGGGGAUGGAGGUAAGGAGGCAUCUCACUUGCUCCAGUCUCUGAGGGGCUCUGUUCUGGCCCUCUCCAUCAGCCACCCUCCUGGUCACAUCUCCCUGCCAGCUCACACACACUGGAGAGUCUCUUGCAUCAGAGACACUAUCCAAAAGCAGGUCUAAUACUUAGCCCUAGAUAUUAAUAGCUGUAAUUCUGCAACAUAUAAAACAGCUUUUUAUUGAAUCAAAAUUAAACCUCCUACAUAACUGAGAGACACCCGAUGCCUGUACAAAAGAACUCCUGCUUCCACCACCCCAAUACAAACAUCAAGCUCCACUCUCAAGUCACUCGGCUUUGAACCCUUGUCACCUGCCUAGCAAGUACCAUUGAGUUGGGGGUGAGUCCCUCAGUCAAAAAAUGACAAGUACAGUUCUGCUGUCCUUGAUUCACACAACCAGGAUAACAACCCUUUAUUACCCCUGCCCCAAUAACAAAGAGACUGGGGAUCCCACACCAGCCAAAAGUGACCGUUAGGCCAGCAAGCCCAUCAUGCUGAGCACCUAGGCAGGGUGGGUGGGCCCAUGCAAAUGAGAUCAGCCCCUGAAGUCCUUUUCCACAGCUCACCACCAGACGUAAGCAUGGAGAAAGGGGCCGGGAGGUGGGCGUGAGGACUCCUGGGUUCUAGUCCCAGCUCAGGGAGGGGAGUGGGGUCUAGAGGUUAGAGCAGGGGGGCUGGGAGCCAGGGCCAUCCCUACCAACGGUGCUGCCCUAUCAGGUGGGAGCGGCCCCUCCACGGGGCGGGGUUCUGCGCUCGAGGGCUGUGGGGCUGCAGGGGCAGGAGCUGUGUGGGGGAAGAAGCAGGGCAGGGAGACUCACCUGAGAGGACGGGGGAGCAGGCAGGAGGCGGCAAGAACAGUGGCAACUGCCCCGGGCCCCAGGCUUCGGGGGGCCCUGCAGGGCCCAGGGUGACCAGGGGGGUUAGCAGGCGGGCCUGGCGCCGGCAGCAGGGAUCGGGACCACCCCCGCACUUGCCGAUGGCGGGAAGCGGAGUGACGUGGCUGGGAGCCAGCGGAGUGGAGCAGACUAGGGCAGGGUCGCUCUGCUUCCCACCACCACCGGCGAGUGCGGGGGCGGGCCUGACACCUGCCGCCAGCGCCAGACCCACCGCUAAUCCCCCACCCUGGGCUGCGUCACUCAGGGGAGGAGGC